GUGAGCGAUAGAUACCUUGACGUCGGCGAAAGGCCACAUAUAGACAAUUUGUUGCACCCGGACCGCGACCGUAAUCAAUUGUCAUGUACACUGUUCCUGCCGUUCUAGGUGGUUGAAACCGUUUUUCUUGCUUGCUGCUUUGUCUUUUUUUGCUUUGUCCUCUUUUUUUUUUCCUUUGAAAUUUAAGCAAAGGCGCCGUGUAUCUCCCUCAGCACGUCGUCGAUAGAUUUGGCGAUCCAACCGACGACAACUCCACUUGCGCAACGAGACAUCGAGCUGUUUCCUCCAAAUAGCAAACAUACAGAGACGCCUUGCGUUAUCAACUUAUACAGCGUUUAUCAAUCAAUCAUCUUGAAGCUCUGUCUUUUUUUUUUCUAUCAACCGCCCAAAAUGGAUCAGAUGAUGGGAGACAAUGGCCGGUUUCCAUUGGAGGAGUGGUUUUGGGACAUGCCCGUAUGCACGCGGUGGUGGACGACUGCAACGGUCCUCACCAGCGCUCUGGUGCAGUUCAAAUGGGUAAACGCCUUUCAGCUCUUCUACAGCUUCCGCGCAGUAUUUGCAAACAACCAAUAUUGGCGCCUACUCACGACAUUCUUCUACUUCGGGCCCUUUUCCCUCGACCUCAUGUUUCACAUCUACUUUAUGCAGCGGUACUGCCGCCUUCUCGAGGAGUCAUCCGGCCGCUCCGCCCACUUCUCAUGGCUGCUGCUGUAUGCCAUGACGUCGCUCCUCAUCAUCUCGCCCCUGGUCUCGAUGCCCUUCCUCGGCCACCCGCUGUCGUCGACCCUCGUCUACAUCUGGUCGCGCCGCAACCCGGAUGUCCGCCUCAGCUUCCUAGGCCUCCUCGUCUUCACUGCGCCCUACCUGCCCUGGGUCCUGAUGGGCUUCAGCCUGGUUCUGCACGGCACCGUGCCCAAGGACGAGAUCAUGGGCGUCGUCAUCGGCCACAUCUGGUACUUUUUUGCAGACGUCUACCCGCCACUACACGGCGGCUCGAGGCCGCUCGACCCGCCAAUGUUUUGGAGAAGGAUGUUUGAGGGCCCCGCUGCCGCCAGGGAGGACACGGCAGAAGAGGUGCCCCCACGCGAGUUCAUAGCCGCUGGUGCUGGCGAUGGAGCCCGUCAGGAACAGCCUCUGCCAGGAUUAUGAUUGCUGAUUUUGCGUUUAAGUGUUUCUUGUUCUAUUUGGGUCUUUUCAAACAUGGUUUGUUGGUUUCUUUUCUCAAAGCCUGCGCGUUAUGGGUUGCGUCAGUAUGAACAUCUACUAGACGCCUUUGGGCAGCAUUUCAAACUAUCGGUUCUGCAUGAAACUUUGUCUUUGGUUCAAAAACUAUAAGGUUUUCAUUUUUCUGCAUGGAAGGCGCGGCUGCAUCAUACAUUUAUCUGUUCUCCAAUACAUAUUAUGAAUAAUGAUACAGGGCGUCUAGAACUAGAGUAAACUUUUGGCGAAGCCAAGGCGUUCGGAUUUGUCAAAUUAUUGCUGAAGUUCUCCCCAAAAUAACUGUUUGGUCAAGAAAUAGUGCGCAUCUAGC